AAAAAAUGGCUGAGAUUUCUGUGCCUAUCUUCUUCUUCUUGUUAAGCUUGCUUUUCUUCUCUGCAAUAUCUGAGGCUUCCAAAUGCUCAGUUCAAGAGUUUCCUGUGGUAAGGAAUAUCAGUGAGCUUCCGCAGAAUAGCUAUGGCAGGGGAGGUUUGGCACACACUACUGUUGCAGGGUCACUCUUGCAUGGCUUGAAAGAGGUUGAAGUUUGGCUGCAAACACUUUCUCCAGGAUCAGGCACACCGAUACACAGGCAUUCGUGUGAAGAAGUGUUUGUUGUCCUGAAGGGUAGUGGAACUGUGUACCUUGCACCAAACUCACAUGAGAAGUACCCUGGAAAGCCACAAGAGUUCUCUAUCUUUGCAAAUAGCACAUUUCAGAUCCCUGUUAACGAUGUUCACCAGAUCCGUAAUACAAAUGAGCUCGAGGAUUUGCAAGUGCUUGUUGUCAUAUCUCGUCCGCCCAUUAAAGUGUUCAUAUAUGAAAACUGGUCAAUGCCUCACACUGCAUCCAAGCUAAAGUUCCCCUACUAUUGGGACGAAGAAUGUCUUGAACUGGAACCACCUCCAAAGGAUGAGCUGUGAUAUCUGAGACCUUGUAUACAUCUGGUGUAAAGCAACUAGUAUCAUAAUCUUUGACAAGAAUGAGUACAAAAGUUUUG